GUGGAGGUGAAACUGUGGAAUUCAAUAUGGCGGCGGUGCUGUAGGUCGAGGGCCCGUGUGGCUGUCAUUCGGACGCAGAAUUUGGGCCCGAGAGCGCGUGCAGUGCGGAGAUGGACAGCUGCGAGUACGAGAUGGUGCGCAACAAGACGCUGCUCUUCUUCUUCGAGCGCCUCAUGGACAAGGGCGGCCCGCGGACCCUGCACGACCUGAGCUGCCAGUUCGGGGCCAAGGGCUUCACCAAGGAGAUGAGGCAGAUCGCCGGUGGCUCCCAGUCCGGCCUCAAGAAGUUCCUCGCCCAGUACCCCUCGCUCUUCACCAUCAACGGCGACUUCGUCCACGUCAACCAAUUCACCGGACAAUCCACUGGGAACGGGACGGAGGGCGGACAGCGCGGCGUCCGUGAGCGGGACUACGCGCAGGAGGCGGUCGAGUACUUCAGCGGCAAGUUGCUGCAGUACGGCCCUGGGACGGAGGUGCCGAUCCGCAGUCUGCUCGGCCAUCGGUCGCAGGCGUCGCCCGAGGUGCGGCACAUCUCGGGCCAGCACAUCAGCACCUUCCGCGAGUUCCUGAUGCGCCACCCGGACGCGUUCGCCGUCACCGACGAGUCGGUCAUGCUGCGCGAGUACGAGGGCAUGCAGGCGGCGCCCUUCCGCGAACUGCCGCCCGAGACCAGCGUCGACCCGGCCCUCGCGGCCCAGCUCAUCGACUUCCUCGUCUCCUGCCUCGAGGGCAAGGGCCCCAUGCUCGUCGACCAGCUCUUCCACUCGGUCUGCACCAGGUUCGCGCAGGAAAUGUGGUCGUGCAUGUUCAAGACGCCUCAAGACUUGUCCACCUUCCUCAAGAUGCACGGACACACGUUCCACGUGCAGAGCUCGCUGGUCACGCUGGUGCAGCGGCCGAGUUCGAACGCGAAGCCGCCGCACAACCCCAAGGAGAUGGACCAGUGCAACAACAAUGAGAAUCUCAACAACGAGUCCGCGCUCAACAUCAACAACAACAUCAACCUCUCGGGCACGACGGGCGGCGCCAAGCAGACGCCCAAAAUCAUGAGCCUGCGGCAGCGCAUCAACUCGCUGGUCAUGAAGACGCUGGCCGACAACACCGAGAGGGACCGAAUCGCCGCCACGGCCAACAUCCACGCGCCCACCACCACACCUCUAGACAUGUCUGGAAAUAGGGCGAGGGUGCUGCAGCGAGCGCGCGUCAUCCAAAGCGUGCAAGAAGCCAACGCCGUGCUCGCAGAAAUAUUCAAAAGCAAGCCGUGCGCGGUCGCCUUCGAUUGCGAGGGCAUCAACCUGGGUGCCAGGGGUCAACUCACCCUCAUGCAGUUGGCCACCCUCAACGGCAACGCGUACGUCUUCGACCUGCUCACCUGCCCGGCCCUGAUCGCUGAAGGGGGUCUCCAUUCCCUCCUCGAAUCCACGGAAGUUGUUAAGAUUAUCCACGACUGCCGGAACGACAGCGUUAAUUUGUACAACCAGUACGGCAUCACGCUCAACAACGUUUUCGACACGCAGGCGGCGCACGCGAUCCUGCAGCUGCAGGAGACAGGCAAGCCCGUCUACAAGGUGAAGAACGUGAGCCUGAACACGCUGUGCGAGCUCUACCAGGCGCCCAUCAACCCCAUGAAGGACCAGCUGAAGAGCGUCUACCGCAGAGACCAACGUUUCUGGGCCCGCAGGCCGCUCACCAGGGACAUGAUUUUCUACGCUGCCGCCGACGUGCUCGCUCUUGUUCCCCAAGUGUACGAAGGCAUGAGAAGGUCAAUCCAGUCAGAGCGAGAGGCCCUCUUUCAAGACUUAUGCCGCGAACAGGUGAUGAUGCAUGUCACUCCAUCCGAGGUCAAACUUCACAAGAAGCAGCGCAAAGUUGAGACCGAGGUCGUCGACCUCAAGUGCAAGCUGUCCGCGGCGCAGGGCGCAAAGUCCCUCGUGCUCAGCAACAGGGAAAUUAGACUGCUUAGAUACGUUGAGUUGACUGAAGAUGAGAAAAACAAGCUCAGAGGCUCGUAUAAAGUUGCUCGCAAACUGGAAAAGCUGGAAGGCGCUGGUGGCGACAGGUCGUACAGUGACGACGACGAUGAUGAAGACGAGAGUGAAGACAUCAUCGGUGACUUUCCUAGUCUUGACAGCACCUGCAGUGGUCACACCUCUCCUGAUGCCUCCAUUUCAACAGGUUUAAUAACCUCUCCGCCCUUAUCGCUGGACCCUCCAACCCUCACCGAAAGCAUGCAGAUGAUGGACGAGAUUCUGUCCGACGGUCUGAUGGACAAAGUGGAAAAGAUGGAGCGGCUGGAGGCCGUCCUGUCAGCGGCCACCUCCGGCCUGGACCGCCUCGCCUCUGACUCGGCCGAGCAGUCCUUGUGCGUCUGUCAGUGUCACCAAGCAAGGGAGGUGACCAACGUGUCGGCCACAACCUCUCCCAUGAACUCCAUAACCCAUUCUGCGGGCCGAGCAGAGGUGGCCAGUCAAACGCUGGCCACCGGUGACAUCGUCAUCACCAGAAUUUUUUUCACCGAGGAAGAGAAGGAGAAAGAAAAAACGUUGUCCCCUAGAGGGGAAGAGUAGAACUUUCUAUGACAAUUCUAAUAAUUGGGUUUGGCAAUUUUCCGUUCAUGGUUGCUUUGGUGUUUUGUUUCCUGUCCUUGUUGUUUUUAUUUGUUUUUGCACACCAAUCCAUACAAAGCCCUGUGUUGUUUUGCACUGUUGGAUAUUUUCUGUACAUUCCAAUUUUUGGAAGGAUUUUUCCCGUAGCAUGUUUUUUUUAAUUCUGGAAAAGUGCCAAGCCUAAUUUGGUUAUUGCCUUGUUUUCAAGGAACUCACCUGCAGUAUUAGUGAGUAGACAAUACUUAAUUAAAGGAAGCUACUUUGCUGAGAGGAAGUGCUCACUAAUUUUUACGCGCUAAUAGUUUUUGACGGUUUAUAUGUUAAUUUGCUUGUAAAAUAUUUAAUUUAUAUUGUAUACUACCAGCUUAUCAAGACAGAACAGUGCCUGAUGCAUUCAUUGAUUUUUGUCGGACGGAGUUUGUGUAAUAAAAUGACAAAAUUGCUCUGAGGUCGUGGUUCGAGAUGCAAAGUACGAACGAGCUCUCAGAUUUCUUAAACCAAUUAAGAAAGUCUGACGACAUUUGCCUUAUGGAAAGUAUUUAUAUAUACACAAGUGAUUUUAAACAAAAAUUAUACACGCGUCGUUCUAGGGCUAGAAGACAUUAUUUGUUCUCUGUUAUUUGCAUUGAAUAUCAAUCAUAUAUAAUCUGUGAUUACUAAUUUGGGCUCUGUGUUGUACUCCUUUCUUGUGAUUCCUCAAGACGCUUUAUUUCUGCCCUCAUUCAUUUUGCUUGCUUUUUUAUAAAACCCCGUUGAGUAGUGCAGCUGGAUUUUUGUAUCCUUCUUUCAAUUAAGACAAAUCUACUUCUUGAAUGGCCUUGAAUAAUCAUGCAAAACUAUCUCUGAUCUAAACUAAUCAAGCUUACGACAAAGUACUUAAAAGUGACAAACUUUAUGCAAUGCAACUGUAAAAAUGACUAUCCAACUGGUGUAGACGUUUCUUUGAAUAUUG